AUGAGCUGGAAUCCUGGUGGAGCCGAAUGGACUCCUAACGACCCCGGCUUUGGGAACGUCGAAAAUGUCAACCCCGGUGGCUUCAAGCCGUCUUCUGACUACGGAGGUGAUUACUUCGGUGGAGGCGACGAGAAGCCCUACAAGGGUGCUGAUGACAACAAGUGCCGCAACUGCGGUAGUGAUGAUCAUUUCGCUCGCAUGUGCCCUGAGCCUAAUAAGGGUAUGGCUUGCUUCAACUGCGGCGAGGAGGGUCAUUCCAAAGCAGAGUGCACUGCGCCUCGCAAGGCUAUGGCUUGCUUCAACUGCGGUGAGGAGGGUCAUGCCAAAGUAGACUGCGCCAAGCCUCGGGUCUUCAAGGGCACUUGUCGUAUCUGCAAUCAAGAGGGACACCCCGCUGUUGAAUGUCCCGAAAGACCCCCCGACGUGUGCAAGAACUGCAAGAUGGAGGGCCACCCAACUAAGGACUGCACCGAAAAUCGGAAGUUUGAUACCAACCAUAUCCCCGAUAAGCUUCCCGAAGAGGCCUGGGAUGCCAUCAUAACGGCCAGUGUCAAGAGGGAUCUCGAGGAUUUUCGUGAGGCUAUCAAUAUCUACUCCAAGGCUGUUCCCCAGGCCACUUUCGUCGACAUCGAAAACAAACUGCGCGAGGAUGACCUCAAUUUCCACCUCAUUGCCAUGGAGAGACAAGUGGAAGAUUGCAUCAGUCUUAUUGACCUCCAGGGCAAGUUGAACUGCACCUACGUCGUCGGACUCUUCUACAGUGCCAAACCUCAGCGUGCACACCUUCGUGAGCGCUGGCCUGCUUCUGUUGAAGACAACCUUGAACGCCUUGGAGAUGCCGGCCUUCCGUUUGACCGUCAGGUUCCCAAGUGCCGUAACUGUGGCGAAAUGGGACACACUACUCGCGGAUGUAAGCAAGAGUAUGUCGCUCCCGACUUCGAGAAAGUGGAGGUGAAAUGCGUCAACUGUAGCGCCGUGGGCCAUCGUGCUCGCGAUUGCACUGAGCCUCGCGUCGAUCCAUUUGCAUGCCGGAACUGCGGAUCCCCUGAGCACAAGGCUUCAGAUUGUCCUAAUCCCCGCACUGCCGAAGGUGUGGAGUGCAGACGUUGCAACGAAGUCGGUCACUUUGCAAAGGACUGUCCUCAGGCCAGUGCUCCUAGGACCUGCCGUAACUGUGGAUCCGAGGACCACAUUGCUAGGGACUGCGAUCAGCCACGGGAUGUGUCAACUGUGACCUGCCGCAACUGUGACGAGGUCGGACAUUUCAGUCGUGAAUGCACCAAGAAAAAGGACUGGUCCCGAGUCAAGUGCAACAACUGUGGUGAAAUGGGACACACCAUCAAACGCUGCCCAACCGCCGGCGAGUCGGGUGAAAUGGACACGGUAAACACUGAGAACAACGACUAUGGAGGUGGUGCCGAUAGUUGGAAUCCCGGAGCAACCGAGUCCUACGACCAGCCUGAACCCACCGACGGAAGCGGGGGAGGAUGGGGAACCGGAGCCGCUAUCAGCAGUACUUGGGACUAG